CCGCCGCCGCCGCAUCCCACCCGUCUCUCCUCUUCUCACUGUUUUUGAAGGGAUCAAACUAAACAAAAUAGAGGGUGGACAAAGAGAAACAAGUGGUCGCUCCCGGGCGAGCCACAACAAUGAGCCCGUCCUGCCUAAAAUUGAAUGGAUUAGCCAAUCUAUUCUGAGCUCUAAUGAGAUUAGAGGGGCGGCGCGCAGACAUGCAGGGUGGCGGCGGCGUGGUACCUUUCCUUCGGCUCCCCGGGGACUGCUCCCCCUGGAAAUGGCGCUGUUGACGCCGCUGGACGCGCGGCGGAUGUCGGGGGACCUUUGGAGAAUUUUGAACGCACGCUCACCUGCGCCGCUCGUGCGGGGCUCGGAUUCCUCGAAGUAGCGCUCCAAAGUGGAGAGAAGGAGCUCCAAGAUGAAGUACCAGAAAUACAUCACGGUGAUGCAGAUGGCCAUGGGAGUGACAGCCUCCAACAAAGACUGCCUCCCUACCAAGAGACAGCUAUGGGUAACACCGUCAGACGGAGAAACGUCACCCUCUGGUGUUCCCGAGUCUUCAGAUGGGCCUCUAGGUGCUACAGGGGGUGCUGGUGCUAUGGCCAUGCCUGCCACGUCCACCCUCUCCCUGCCCAUGAGCCAGGGGAAACCUUCCUUGCGUCGAAUCAAAGGCCGCAUUCACCGCAGCAAGAGCCUAGACAGCAUUGAUCUGCUUGACUCCAAUAGUGCGGCAAUGGAGGAAACGGUCAUAUGGGAACAGCACACAGUGACUCUUCACAGGGCUGCUGGAUUUGGGUUUGGUAUUGCCAUCUCAGGUGGACGAGACAACCCACAUUUUCAAAGUGGGGAGACAUCCAUUGUGAUAUCUGAUGUUUUAAAAGGAGGUCCUGCAGAGGGAUUGCUGCAAGAAAAUGACCGAGUGGUUAUGGUGAAUGCUGUAUCAAUGGACAACGUAGAGCAUGCAUAUGCUGUACAACAGUUGCGUAAGAGUGGCAAAAAUGCAAAGAUAACUAUUCGGAGGAAAAGGAAAGUACAGAUUCCCGUUUCUCGACCAGGGGACAGGGAGACUAUGUCAGAGCAUGAGGAAGAGGACAGUGAUGAGGAAGAUGGCUAUGAGCAUCGCAGUGGUCGCGCUGGCCAAAGUGCCUAUGCUGGCGCAAGUGGCGGCACGAGCAGCAGUAGGCGACAUGAUCGUGAACGAAGCAGCAGUGGAAGAAGGGAUCACAGUGCCUCACGGGAAAGGAGUGUCUCACCACGCUCUGAUCGGCGUUCACAAGCCUCCUCUGCUCCCAGCAGGCCUUCCAAGGUCACACUUGUCAAGUCGCGGAAAAAUGAAGCAGAAUAUGGACUGCGGUUAGCUAGCCAUAUAUUUGUGAAGGACAUCUCGCCCGAGAGCCUUGCUGCCAGGGAUGGGAACAUCCAGGAGGGAGAUGUUGUUCUUAAGAUCAAUGGCACAGUUACUGAGAACCUAUCAUUGAUCGAUGCCAAGAAGCUGAUUGAGCGAUCAAAGGGCAAGCUGAAAAUGGUUGUUCAGAGAGAUGACCGAGCCACGCUCCUGAACAUUCCUGAUCUAGAUGACAGUAUUCCGUCAGGCAAUAACUCUGAUCGAGAUGACAUUUCAGAAAUACAUUCACUGACAUCAGACCAUUCCAAUCGAUCUCGUGGCCGGGGUAGAUCACGCUCACCUGACAAGAAUGAGCCAUCAGACCAUCACCGGCUCUCACCUCGGCAGAUCCCUAAUGGCAGCCAUCGAAGUCGAGAUGAGGAGCGGUCUAAACCUGGGGUUAUGUCCACACCAGUAAAAAGCUCUGAUGAUGGUGUCUUGUCUCAGGCCAGUGACCAAACCAGCUCCAGAGAUGAAAAACAAUUACCUCCACUGCCUGAACCAAAGCCUGUAUAUGCACAGCCUGGCCAGCCUGAUGUGGACCUGCCAGUCAGCCCCUCUGAUGCACCUGUGCCCAGCGCCGCUCAUGAUGACAGUAUCCUCAGGCCAAGUAUGAAGCUAGUCAAGUUCAAAAAGGGAGAGAGUGUUGGACUAAGACUAGCUGGAGGCAACGAUGUUGGAAUUUUUGUUGCGGGAGUAUUGGAGGACAGUCCUGCAGCAAAGGAAGGACUAGAAGAAGGGGACCAGAUUCUCAGGGUGAACAAUGUGGACUUUGCUAACAUAAUUAGGGAAGAGGCUGUGCUGUUUCUGCUUGACCUCCCGAGAGGAGAGGAAGUCACAAUCCUCGCUCAGAAGAAGAAAGAUGUGUAUCGCAGAAUAGUUGAGUCAGACGUUGGCGAUUCCUUCUACAUUCGCACACAUUUUGAGUACGAAAAGGAGUCACCAUAUGGCUUGAGCUUUAACAAGGGUGAGGUGUUUCGAGUGGUAGACACCCUCUACAAUGGCAAAUUAGGCUCUUGGCUUGCUAUUCGCAUUGGCAAGAACCAUCAGGAGGUGGAAAGGGGCAUCAUACCCAACAAGAACAGGGCUGAGCAGCUGUCCAGUGUGCAGUACACCCUCCCCAAAACACCAGGGGGUGACAGAGCAGAUUUCUGGAGAUUCCGUGGCUUGCGAAGCUCAAAGAGGAAUUUGCGGAAGAGCAGGGAGGACCUAUCAGCACAGCCAGUUCAGACUAAGUUCCCCGCAUAUGAGAGGGUGGUUCUUCGGGAAGCUGGGUUCCUGAGGCCAGUAGUCAUCUUUGGUCCAAUAGCAGACGUGGCAAGAGAGAAGCUGGCUAGAGAGGAACCUGAUGUCUUUGAAUUGGCAAAAACACAGCAACAGCAAGGAGGAGAAAAAAGUGAACCAAGGGAUGCCGGAACUGACCAGAAAAGCUCUGGCAUCAUUCGUCUACACACCAUCAAACAGAUUAUUGACCGGGACAAACACGCAGUGCUGGAUAUCACCCCGAAUGCAGUGGAUCGCUUAAACUACGCUCAGUGGUAUCCAAUUGUGGUGUUUCUCAACCCUGACACAAAGCAAGGCGUCAAAAACAUGAGGACCAGACUCUGCCCCGAGUCUCGGAAGAGUGCCAGAAAACUCUAUGAACGAGCCCUAAAACUGAGGAAGAACAAUCACCAUCUUUUCACUACAACUAUUAACUUGAACAACAUGAACGAUGGAUGGUUUGGAGCACUGAAGGAAAUAAUCCAGCAGCAGCAAAACCAACUGGUGUGGGUUUCAGAGGGCAAGGCUGAUGGAGCAGCAGACGAUGAUCUGGAUAUCCAUGAUGAUCGCCUGUCCUACUUGUCAGCACCAGGCAGUGAGUAUUCCAUGUACAGCACCGACAGCCGCCACACCUCUGACUACGAGGACACGGACACGGAGGGGGGAGCUUACACCGACCAGGAGCUGGACGAAACACUGAAUGACGAUGUGGGUCCGCCUACGGGGCCUGCCCUCACCCGCUCAUCCGAGCCUGUCCGCGAGGACCCGCCGGUCAUCCAGGAACCACCAGGCUAUGCUGGUUACCCACACGCGUUGCAGUCGGACCCCCUGAACCGGAUCGAUCCAGCUGGUUUCAAGGCGCCAGCGCCGCAGCAGAAAGCAGAAGCCACUGCCAUCCCUAGCAACCCCCAGCUCCCUGAGCCCCUGGCUGAGACAGUGACCCCUGCCGUAAAAACUGUAGGGGGCCCGAGCCCCGACGAGGCUCCCGGAGCUCUCCACCGCCAACCAAGCCCCAACCCAGAGGCUGGCUCAGUAAUGAGGCCCACGCCUGAGCUAGCCCCUGAGAGUGUCACAUCAGAACCAAGACAGUCUGGACUGGCCUGUUCAGAACCAAAGAUGUAUCAAAAGGAUCCAUACAGCUCACAUAGCAGUGGGAGAGCUGGUCCUGGAUUGAAACCUGGGAAUUACAACCCUCAGCAGGGACCGCAACCCGAUCAACAGCCAUACAGAGAUUAUGACCACCCGCCCAGUCGAUAUGAUGCCAGCGUUGGAGGUGGUUAUCUAGAACCAAAGUACCGAAACUAUGACUCUCAGCCCCCUUUUGAAAACAGUGUGCCUCACUAUGACCAGCAACAGUGGAACCCCUACGGCCAGACACACUCUACUGCCAACUCCCAGGGCUAUGAUCCACGCCUGCCAUACAGCGAUAGCUUAGACUCUCAGUACACACCACCGCCCCGUUUUGAUGAGCCUUCACCUCAGCAAGUAUUCGACGGACGGCCUCGCUACGGUAAACCCACAGUUCCGGGCCCCGUCCGCUAUGAGGAUCCACCACCUCUUUCUCCAGGGCAUGAUCUGCACUACAACCAGGAUUCUCAACUGACUCCACACCCUUCGGGCCCCCGCUCUCCCAGCGGUCAGCGGCCUGCCUACAACCAGGGACCAACACAGCACAUAAAAGGCUAUAAACCUCAGCAGUAUGACACUGCUCACGUAAACUCUGAUAUGAGACCCACGUCCCCUCCCAAAGCAGAGGUCACCUCACUUUCCCCUGUUGACACUACUAAGUCCGACACUGCCAGAAAUGACUUACGUGAGGAUGACCCUGCCAUGCAGCCACAGUCAGUCUUAACAAGGGUCAAGAUGUUUGAAAACAAACGUUCUGUCUCAGUGGACCGAGCAAGAGAUGCAGGGGAUCCAUCUGUGAACAAGGCCACAGAUUUGCCCUUGAAAGCAGGGGGGGUAAUCCCAAAAGCUAAUUCUUUGAGCAACCUUGACUCAGAAAAGAGUUAUAGCGGCAUUGUUCAACCACAGAGAGUCCCAGAGCCUCAAAAGCCUCAGUCCAAAGUGGCUGAUGACAUUGUACGUUCCAACCAUUAUGACCCAGAUGAGGAUGAAGACUACUACAGGAAACAGCUUUCUUACUUUGACAGGCUCCAAACUGGCCCCUCAAAACCUCAAGCUCAAGCACAGAUAACGCACAACUUUUCCAGAACAGAAUCUGUAGAGAAACCAAGUCCAGCAGAAAAGAAAUAUGAACCAGUACCACAGAUGACACCCUCUCUCCCACCAGCCACACUUCCCAAGCCCUCAACUGAAGCCAAGGACACAGUCCAGAGCAACUUCCUGCCUCACAAAAAUUUUCCGGAAAAGUCGCCAGUAAAUGGCACUAGUGAAAAGCCUCCAAAAACCAUCACCAGCGGCGGAGCACCACCAGCAUCUAGCUACAACCGCUAUGUGCCCAAACCUUACACAACCUCUGCCAGGCCUUUUGAGCGCAAGUUUGACAGUCCCAAAUUCAACCACAACCUUCUGCCCAAUGACAAGCCAGAUAUGACCUCAAAGAGUCCGAGUGCAAGCCCAGUGAAGCCCUCCCUGUCGCACAGCACAGACCAUGACAGUGGCCUGGAUACCUUCACUCGUACAAUGGACCAUCGAUCCAAGUAUCAGCACAACAAUAUAAACGCUGUGCCCAAAGCCAUCCCCGUGAGCCCCACUGCCCUAGAUGAUGAUGAGGAGGAAGAUGAGGGCCACACGGUAGUUGCGACUGCUCGCGGCAUAUUUAACAGCAAUGGUGGUGUCCUGAGCUCCAUUGAGACGGGCGUCAGCAUUAUCAUCCCUCAGGGUGCAAUUCCUGAAGGGGUGGAGCAGGAAAUCUACUUCAAGGUCUGCAGAGAUAACAGCAUCCUGCCUCCUCUUGACAAGGAGAAAGGGGAGACUCUGCUGAGCCCCCUGGUGAUGUGUGGACCUCACGGCCUCAAGUUUUUGAAGCCUGUGGAGCUGCGCCUACCUCACUGUGCGUCAAUGACCCCUGAUGGUUGGUCUUUUGCUCUAAAAUCCUCCGACUCCUCGUCGGGUGACCCUAAAAACUGGCAGAACAAGUCUCUCCCAGGAGAUCCUAACUAUCUGGUGGGAGCCAACUGUGUUUCUGUGCUCAUCGACCACUUUUAAAUGAGGGUGCCAGCAGGUGUGAUGUUACAGAAUAUGGAUCCGUGGUGGAUAAACAAGGACACAUACACUCACACACACAUUGACAGCUGCGCUCUCCGACUCAUGGAAAAUGAUGAUCCAUUCAGUGCUGUUUACGACCAGCCACUGAAGAUGACAACUUUUACCCCAAAUGGAGUUGUGAAAUGAAAUCACUGAUGCAUGCACCUGCCCCUCCUACUGAGGAUUGUUACUAUAUAUACAAUGAAGUUUUACAUGAGUAUACAUGGUUGGAUUGUUUUCCAAUAUGCGCCACCAGCGAACAUAUUUUACAAACCAGUGUCGGUGUAUUUAUGCUAUAUAUGCAUACAGUAUAUAUAGUAGUCUAGAUAAAAUGUAUAAUGCAUUUUACUCCUGAAUUCAAGAUCCUGUUAUUUUUCAGUUCAGAUGACUGAAUAUCAAUAUGUGUUUGCAGUCUUACCCUUAGGGGGAAACCUGAUAAAGGUGUGAGUCUCAGAUGAGCCACUUAAAGGAAGGUCAGCUGGAUCUAAAAGCCAAGCAGCACACUUUAACCUUUCUUCUUCCUCGGUUACGCCUUUUCUUCCAGUGAGAUGUUGUAGCUUGAGUUCUUCUGGCUCCUCGUAGCCUGAGUGAGAUCUAUGCAUGUUGUUUUACUCAGGUCCAGUGGCCUCCUCAGUUGCUUCCUCACGUUUCAUUCUCGUCUUCUCUUUUUGCACUCUUGCGUUCACACACAAUAAGCAGUGAUGCCUUAUCUGCAGAUCAUUCACCUCUUUUCAUGAAGGAAACAAUAAUUUAUGAUGAGCAACUGUAUGUUUUUGUUAACCCAACGGAGAAGCUAACGGGUUCAGUACAUGGUAAAAGGUUGAGAGAAGAUAACAAAAGUAUGUUGGUCUUUUAUCUUCUAUGCAUUACUUAAACUUUGAAGAAGAAAAAGAGGAGUGGCUGUAAAUAAUGCUAGCAUAUUGCCUUGGUUCUUUUGUUUAAAACUGAACAUUUUUUUGUAAUUUUUUCUUUUUGUAUAAAAUGUAGCGAAAACACGUUUGGAAUAAGUGGAAGAGAAAUAUGGAAACGUGAUUAUCUUUGUAUUCUGGAUUAUACCCUCGAGCCUUGAAAUGUUGAAUCUGACAAUAAUGCAUUACACCUUUUCUACCAAGAUAUUCACUCUCAAUUACUGUCAGCAAUUGUCUUUAUUUUGGCUACUUAAGGAUCAGGAAAGUGCUCUGGUUGAAAACAUUUAAAAUGUUUUGUUUGUUAGUAAUGUUUUUUGUUUGUUAUUUUUUAAACAAAAGGUGUGCUCCCAAUUUGUUCCCUUCAUCAAUUUCAAUACUGGAUGCUGUAUCGUGUGCCCUUAAAUGUAUUUUUGUACUAAUAGAUCAUUAAUGAUAUAUGGCACACCAGUACCAGCUUGUUUUUAGAUUUAACACAGCUUUAAUUGGAUAUUAGCUCUUCACGUGUGGCUGAUUUUUUUUUUCUCCUCUGCAACACAAUUUUAAGUAUACCACUGUAUUAAUAAAUAAAAUCAUUUUAAAGUAA